AUGGGAAAGGGCAAGUCCAUCAACGCGCGCAAGGCGCACUCCCCAUCGAGCGGCUCGGGCGGCAGCAGCACCCUCCGUUCACUCCGCCAUGCCGCCUCAUCCACUUCCUCGCCCAAACCCGCACCGAAAGUCCGCUCGACCGCCUCGCUCACCGUAGCAGAGCGGAUAGCGAAGAAGGCCGAGAAGCCGCUCGUCAAGGGCAGGUCGUUCCGCUUCGUCGCGCCCUCGGACCGCAUCGCAAAGAUGAAGGUCGACCUCGAGGGCGUGCGGGACAGGCGCGAGCAGCUCGAGGGAGAGGACGAGGCGCAGGAGGACGACAUGCAUACGCUGUUCGGGCACGCGCUUCAGCAGAGCGAGCUCAUCGACCUCAGCUUGCCGUUCGGGAGGUUCUCGCGCAAGGUCGACAAGUGGAGCAGGAGUCUGCCGCUCGUCGUGCACUACAAGAAGGAGAUUGUCGAGGCCGUAUGCGAGGUGUUGUCGAGCGGGUCGAAGGACGUCGAGCUGUGUGGCGAGACUAUCCUCGACCUCCUCCCGCCUCUCAUCACCGACCUCUCGCACCUCCUCCUCCCCUCCCUCCCUCUCCUCCUCACAACCCUAAUCCGCCUAACCGCCCCCUCUCCCUUCCACGCCUCGAACCCCCGAAUCCUCCAACGGACGUACGACGUCCUCGGUGCCUUGUUUCGCGAUCUGGCGAGGGACGUCCUUGGGGCUGAGGAGGGCCAAGGCGGGUUGGGAGAGGUUUGGGAGGUCGUGAGGAGGGGAUUGGGAGCGCCUGCGAGGACGGAGGAUGCGGAUGAGGAGGAGGACGUGCAGAUGCAGGAUGACGUCGAGGAGAAGGCAGAUGGACCCGAGUCGGAUGCCGAGUCAUCGGCAGACGAGGAGGAAGAGGAAGAAGCGGAACCUGUCGCAUCGACUUCCGCCCAGCCUCUCGACACGCCCGCCCAACCCGGCUCGAAAUUGCACACCUCCCUCCCCUCCAACUUCCGCACGACCCCUCAAACCCGACGCCUGCUUAGCAACGCCUUCUCCUUCCUCGUCCGCAAGGCGAAACCCACCUCUGCCGACGAGGCGGGCUCACUCGAUGCGUUAUUGCGAUUGAUGGUGGGCGAUGUCGCGCAGGUUGAGGAGACUGAUGGAGGUGAGCGCGCGAAUGGCGGAAGGGGCGCGAAGGGACGACGGAAGGGGAAGGGAAAGGGAAGGGGCCAAGAGGAGGGAAGCUCGAACGUCUUUGCUGAGGGCUUGACGUGGGUCAUCAUCGAGAGCUGCAGUGCCGCGAACCACUUCUUCCACUCUCGCACGCCCUCGAUUCUCCGGUCCCUCUUCUCCGCCAUCCUCUCCCUCCCCUCGCUCGCGGAAGUCUCCCUACCGCGCGAGAUUGUCUCGCACGCACUCGUCACCCUCUCUCAGCACGCCGAGAAGGUCGAGGCGCUCGAGCCUGUCGGCGAGGCGGCGAUCAAGACGCUCGAGGCAGAGCUGAAGACGGCGACUUCAGGCGGCAAGGUUGCGUGGGAACGCUUGUUGGUCCCGUUGCAGGCCGUCACCUCGUUUGUCGGCGUGAAAGCUGGCGCACGCCUGCCUACCUCACUCAAGCCCCGCCUCUUCUCCUCCCUCGCUCCUCUCUCCCGCCUCAUCGCCCACUCGCCCGCUCCGCCCUCCGCCUUCCUCCACCACACCAACGCCUACCUCUCGACUGUCCUCCCGCUCGGCGUCCUCUCCGACGUCCUCUCCUCCCCCGUCCGCUCAACCAUCGAUGCCCUCUUCUCCGCCGACCGCGACGCGAGCGUCUUUGCUGCCGCAUGUGCGCUCGCGACGACCCUCGAUGGGGUCGAGUGGCCCCUUUGGGACACGGCGCUCGGUGCGGCUGUCCUCACCGCGACGGCGCGCGAAGUCUCGUCCUCGUCGUCGCCAAACGGCAAGAGCAAGACGGACGGCUCGGCUUUUGAUGAGGUCGUUGCGAGCAAGAAGGAGAACAGUCUUGUGCUUCUCGCGCGUCUCGCCGAGUCCGGGCGGCUGAGGGCGCUCGUCGAGAAAGGCGGCACGCAUGUGGUCGCUUGGGAGAAGAGUAUUGGUGAGCUGGCGGAGCUGACGAUUAGGGGAUGGAAGGAGGCGUUCGAGGCGGACAGGAACGUCGACGAGGAGAAGACGCACGAGUUGCUUGACGUCCUCGCGAUUGUGCCCUUCAUUCCCUCUCGACGCAACGACCUACUCAACCUUCUCGCCGACCUCGCCACGGUCGUCGCGACAAUGCCAGCUACCGAAGCUCGCGUCGCCUACCUCUCCGCCGCCGCCAGUCCCGCGCUCGUCCUCGGCUCGACCCUGUCCGCCUUCGAAGCGACCUCUUCCCGCCUCAAGUCGCCCUCUCCCGCUCUCCAAACUCUCACCGCAUCGGUCGAGUCGAUCAUCGCCCACUUCGCCUGGCACCGCCGCGUCAUGCACGGCCUCUCCUCCCUUUCCCUUGCACGCCUCGCAUCGGCCCGCUCGCCCGAAGCGCGCAAAGCCAUCUACGACGCGAUCCUUCCGAACCUCCUCUCGGAAGACUCGGUCCUCCGCCGCUCGUCGCUCGAGAUCGCUCAGACGCUGUACCCGGCGAACGAGGCGCCUGUCGCGGCGGACUUGAUUGCCAAGUGCAUCGAGGUUGAAGAUAUGCCGCUCACGGUGCAGGGCGCGAGGGAGAAGAGCAUGAAGGUGCGCAAGCUGGGUAUCGUCGCCAACUCGCAGCUCGGCAAGGAGGGCAGCACGGAGGAACUCGAGCCGGUCCUCGAGGUCGUCUUGCGGUACCUCACCGCCAUGCUCAAGGUCAACUUCAAGCCGAUCUGGCCCGAAGCGAUCAGCGCCCUCGCCCUCCUGUCCUCCCGCUUCCCCGACGCAGUCUGGGCCAUCUGCUCGCGCCAGCUCCUCGCUGCCGCAACACGCGGCUCCGAUCUCUACGUCGCGCGCAAGCCUGAGUGGGCGCUCCAUGCGGCUUCAACUGAAGGUGUGGGCGAGCUCGAGCUCAUCUUUGAGGAACAGGCGCUGAGGGAUUGGCAUCUCGAGGACCGAAGAGCGAGGGUUCAGAAGGACGAGGCGCGGUUUGAGGGAGGUGUCGUAGCGGUCGCGUCGCGGGAAGAGGGCCUCGUCUCGCUUCAAGUCACGCCCGAGCGCCUCGUCAUUCACAGCUACGAAGCCCAGCUCCUCGCCCUCUUCUGCCAAAUUCCCGAUCUCGCCCAGCGACACAGCCGCGACUUUGUCGACGUCUUCCUCGGCUGCUUCCAGCGCGACGAUGUCAUCCCUGACAAGGCCGACGAGACGCCGCUGUACUUCAAUGCGGACGAGACGGCCAAGGAUCGCAAGGCUCGCCUGCUCGCAUGGCUUGGCCUCUUCGCCAAGUUCAGCAACCCGAAGGCGCUUUACCGGGCGGCCGAUCUCGACGCGCAGUUCCGCACUCUCCUCGCGUUUCCCGACGCCGACAUCCAGAAGCUCGCGCUCGACUGCAUCCUCCGAUGGAAGAUCCCCGCCGUCACAGCCAACGCCGACCGCCUCAAGAACCUCCUCGAGCCCACCAAGCUGCGCGACGAGCUUCUCGAGUUCGUCUCGACGACCGAUGCAGGCGGACUUGAGCCCGCUCACCGCGCCGAUGUCGUCCCCCUCUUCAUUCGGAUCUCGUACGGUCUCAUGACCUCUCGUCUUGGUCGCGCCAGCGCGAGCUCAGGUCAGGGUCGUGCUGGACGACGAGCCGCUAUCCUCGGUGCGCUGCGGACCUGCUCGGCGAAGGAGCUCGACACCCUCGUCGACCUCCUCCUCGGUCCGCUGCGCAAGUUGCUGGUCACCCCGCCUACCGAGCCUUUCCGCUUCGCCGAGCAGGCGCCGAACGUUCCGGGCAAGCGCCAACUCGGUUUCCUCGGCUUGCUCGCCGACGUCGUCAAGCACCUCGGCAAGGACAUCGUUGGUCGCUGGCCUGACCUCAUGGGCGCCGUGCUCAGCCUCCUUCAUUUCGCCCAGAAGGGACUGGACGAGGAUGCGCGAGCAGGCAAGGGCGAUGCGGAGGAGACCAAGGCGGACGAGGAGGACGAGGACGAGACGGAGGACGAGGACGAGGUGACGCAGCUCGCGCCGCUCCGGCACAUCCGCCAGACCGCCUUGAAGCGCUGGACCGACUUCUUCCGCCUCGAGGUGGACUUCGACUACCGGCCUUACGUCUCUGCCGCCUUCCCAUCCAUCAUCUCGCCUCGGCUGCCGACACUCGCGGCGCAGAACGCUCAGGCGCCGUCGGCCCUUCUCGAGCUCUUUGUCGCCUGGAGCAAGCGCCGCGACCAGCUUCGCUUCCUCGUCGACUACGACGCCUCGCUCCUCCCCUCGCUCUACCACGUCCUCACUGUGCGCAACGUCAAGCCGACGGUCAUUCUUCGCGUCUUCGACCUCGUUGCCAGCGUUGUCGAGUUCGCCGAGGAGGACGGGGGAAAGGCGAGCGACAUCGGACAGCAGGUCCUUCAGCCGGGCGUCGACGUCCUCCUCGUUCAGCUCGGCGGUCUCAUCGCCGUGACAUCGUCGACGCUGGACGCCAAGGGCGAAGUCGCGCAGCGCCAGAUCGCCCUCCUCUGCUCGCUCGCGCCGUAUGUCCACUCGGAGGAGCAGUCGAUCAACUUCCUCACCCUCGCGACGCCGCUCUUGCGCAAGACGAACAAGACGGUCCCGGAAAAAGUCAAGACCGACUUGCUCCGCAUCGUCACCGCUCUUUACCCGAUAGCGCAACCUCAGCCCGGCACUACGCUGUACGACAAGUGCUGCGAAGUCGUCGCGUCGCUCUUCGCCAGCUCCCGCAGCCGCAAUGCCCGCCUUCAGCUCGUUGCCGCGCUGAACUCGAUCGCCAGCGUCGACGAGUCGUAUGUCCAGGUUGCGCAGCUCGUCGACGACCUCAACUCGUACUCGGUGAAGCGGUCGGAAGAGCCAGACUUCGACCGCCGUCUCGCCGCCUUCUCCCGCCUGAACGAGGAGCUCUACCGGACCCUCACGCCAGCGGACUGGACAGUCGUCAUUCAGAAUAUGCUCUACUUUGUCCAGGACGCCGACGAGCUCUCGAUCCGAAGCAACGCCAGCUACGCCAUGCGAAGGUUCAUCGAGAUCGUCAACAGAGGAUCCGGCGACGCCCUCCGCGUCCUGUUCAUCCGCACCUUCCUUCCUGGACUUCGCAAGGUUCUCCGGUCAAAGGUCGAGCUCAUCCGUGCCGAGGUCCUCGCUGUGCUGGGACAUGCGGUGGAGAAGGUGGAGGGCGUGCCGGAGCUCGAGCAGCUCAAGGUCCUCCUCGUCGGCGGAGACCAGGAGGCCAAUUUCUUCAACAACAUCCUCCACAUCCAGAACCACCGCCGCACCCGCGCACUCCGCCGUCUCGCCGACGCGGUCGAAGCGGGCGGCAUCUCCAGCAAGACUAUCGCCGACCUCUUCCUCCCUCUCCUCGACCACUUCGUCCUCGGCUCGGACGAGAAGAAGGAUCCCGAUCUGGUCAACGAGACCGUGCAGUGCCUCGCACGACUCGCGCAGCAUCUCGCCUGGUCGGCCUACUCGAAGCUCGCUCUCCACUACCUCAAGCUCGCAAAGGCUGGCGGCGCGCCUCAGAAGGCUUGCGUCCGUACGCUCGUGGGCGUGCUCAAGGCGUUCCACUUCGAUCUCGCAAGCGAGGCGAAAGCCCUCGAGUCGACGACCGGCCGUCUUGUCCCGCAGCUCAUGUCGUACCUUGAGAAGCGGGACGACAGCGACCAGGAGAUCCGCAUCCCGGUCGCAGAGGGUAUCGCCGCCGUCAUUCAGCACAUCCCUGGCGACUCGAAGCACGUCCAGGAGACGGGCCUGCUCAUGGCGUUGGCGCAGUCGCUUCGCUCGCGGGAUCAGCAUGUCCGCGAUCUCAUCCGUGUCACGCUCGCCAACAUCGCGACGGCUCAACGCGGCGACAUUCUCGGUCGCAUCGUCAAGGAGCUCCGCAAGGCGCUCAUGCGCGGCCCGCAGCUGCACGUGCUGGCGUUCACCGUCCAUGGCCUCCUUGUCCGGCUCGUCGAAUCGCCCGAGAAUGUCGACUUCGACGCGGCGCUUGACGAGGUUGUUCCCGUGCUCGAGGACGACGUCUUCGGCAACCCCAGCAAGGACCGCACGUCGCAAGAGUUCCGGGCCAAGACCAAGUUCCGCGAGGUCCGCUCGUUCAAAUCGCUCGACUCCUUCCAGAGCCUUGCGCGUGUCGUGUCGCCCGGCAAGAUCGCAGCGCUUCUCGCGCCCCUGCGCGGCAUUUUGUCGACCACGGACUCGGCCAAGGCGAUCAGGGACGUCGAGGAGGUCUUCAAGGCUCUCGCGAUCGGUUUGACGGCAAACAACCAGCUCGAUGCUAUCGCGACACUCGACCUCUGCCACAGUCUUAUCAGCCAGAACGCCGCUUUCCUCAAGGCUGUCAAGGUCGUCCGCAGGCACGGCAAGGCAGCGCCGGACUAUCACGUACAGUUCGAGCGCGAGCGGGACGAGACCCGUGACUACUACGCCAAGAAUGCCUACCGCUUCGUCUCGUUCGGUCUCGAGCUCUUCAACGCCGCCUUCCGCAAGUCCGUCUUCGACCUCGACUCGCCCGACGUACUCUCGCGGCUCGAGCCCCUCGUCAGCCUGGUCGGCAACUCGCUGUACUCCGAUGACCCAGUCGUCCUCGCUCGGAGCAUGCGCGCAACGGCCAGUCUCAUCCGAUGCCCGCUCUCGAGCACCGAGAAAGCGGCGCCCGUUCUCGUCAAGCAAAUGCUCAGUGUCAUCGAGCGCGCCGGCAGCACCGAAUCCGAGCUCGCUCAAUCGGCGCUCCGGACUCUGUCGACGGUACUGCGCGACUGCAAGACGGCGAUGCUCUCGGAGAAGCAGCUGACCUCGCUGCUCGAGCUCAUCGGACCGGAUCUCGAAGAAGCGGACCGUCAGGCCACGCUGUUCCAGGUCCUCCGCGCCGUGAUGGCUCGAAAGUUCGUCGCGCCCGAGAUCUACGACCUCAUUAACAAGGUCGCCGAGAUGCUCGUCACGAACCAGUCGGGUAACGUCCGCGAAGUCUGCCGCGCCAUCUACCUCCAAUUCCUCCUCGACUACCCGCAAGGUCGCGGUCGCCUCAAGGAGUCGCUCGCCUUCCUCGCCAAGAACCUCUCGUACACGUACGAGAGCGGUCGCCUGUCGGUCCUCGAACUGGUAUCGGCCAUCCUCAACAAGUUCGCCUCGCAGCUCGUCCAGGACUCGGCCGAGCUCUUCUUUGUCGCGCUCGUCAUGGUCGUCGCGAACGACGACUCGACCAAGUGCCGCGAAAUGGCUGCCGAGCUCCUCAAGCUGCUCUUCAGUCGUCUCGAGAAGGAGACGCGUGACGUCCUCUUCACGAUGCUCCAUUCGUGGGCCGGCAAGAAGGCGCAGCCGCAGCUAGCCAGGACGGCCAUCCAGGUCUUCGGCAUCGCGGUGGACGCCAUGGGCGACGACGGACGGAGCGCAGCGCCGGCUAUCGUUGACGUCCUCCUCGACGUGCUCACCGACUCGGAGGACCGGCUUGAGGAGGCAGAGACACGAGGCGGCGACGUGCUCGACCUCGAGGGCGACUGGCAACUGCCGUACCAAGCGUUGCAGGCGACCGCUCACGUCUACAAGGCGUUCCACGACCUUGUCUCGCCUGACACCAAGACGGUGCAGCCGCUAUGGAAGGCGGUUCGUGGGCAUCUGCUGUACCCUCAUUUGUGGGUCCGCACUUCGGCAGCCCGCCUCCUCGGCAGCCUGUACGCCGCCAGUCAGGACGCACUCGCCUGCGAUGACCUGCCCGAGCGUCAUCCUCUCGCGACGAGCAACCUCUUCGACGCGGCGCAGAAGGCGUGCUUGCAGCUCAAGAGCCCUCUCCUCGACGACAACCUCGCCAUGCAAAUCGUCAAGAACCUAUUCUUCGCCGCGAGAUGCUUCGCUGCGCGCGACUUGCGCUCCGCAGGCGCACACGACGAAGAUGGCGACGAGGAGGAUCACGAGGAGGGCGAUGCGUCGGAGGAGCAGCGCAAGGCCGACCUGCUCAAGUGGCUCUUCACGCGCUUGUCGUACCAAGCACGCCAAGCGCACAUGCUCCGCCCGAGCGUCCACGACACCGAUGCUGGCCAAUGGUCUCGCCAACCCGCCUCGAUCCUCCGCUGGUUCGCCGCGAUGAUCAGCUCGCUCGAUGCCGGGGCUUUGCAGCGCUUCCUCAUGCAGAUGGCGGUGCCCAUCUUCCGCAUCUCGGAGGACACGGUUUUGAACGAUCCGCAGAUGGUCGAGCUGCAGACUCUCUCGCGCGAGGUGCAGGAGCUCUUGCAGCAGAAGAUCGGCACGACGGCGUACGCUCAGGUCCACAACCAGAUCAGGCAGCGUGCGGCGGCUCGCCGGAACGAGCGCAAACAGGCGACAGCGCUCAAGGCGAUCAACGACCCUGUCGAGGACGCCAAGCGCAAGGCGAAGCGCGCCGAGCAGAAGAAGACACAGAAGAAGCGAAAGGCUGCGGCGAUGGCGUCGCAGAAGGAGCGGUACGGAGUUGGCGCGAAGAGGAGGAGGGAGUGA